CUUUCUCUCUCUCUCUUCCCCCGCACAGCACACCGGACGCCCGGGGUUCGCGUCAGACGCUUAAAGCGUUUCCCCGCCGAAGCUAAGCGGUAGUAGGGCUGAUUCGAGCCAUCAUAUGUCAUCAGCUUUGGUAGCAAAAGCCUGCAUCCGGGGCAUGCUGGACGAGGCAAUCGAUAAGCCUGUGCGCGGUGUGUGCCGUGGAAAGCCGAUGAUCCAAUAUCAAUGAGCUUUGGACAAUGCUGGCGGACGGGGUAGCUGUUUUAUAAUAUUUAAUUUUUUUUCUGGCGGCGGGCUAGUCGGAGGGAUUCAAGAAGCUUUUUUUUGUGGAAUAUGGGGUUUAUUGUUCAAGGGCGGCCGUGGAUAAAGUGUGUUUCUCUUCCCUCCUCUUUUCCUCUUCUUUCUCUGUCUUCCUUCAAUCGUUUUUCUUGUUCUUGGUAGAGUUCUGUAUAGGACCUUGGAUGGUUUGAGCCUCUGCAAAGAUGUUGCAAUCAUUUAGCCUACAACAUGCACUUGCAUGGCUGGGCAUCCUGCUCGGCGGCGGAGUCUUCUAUGUCUUUGCUAUCAUCACUUACCGCAUCUUCUUCCACCCUCUCGCCAAAUACCCGGGCCCUGUUAUCGCCAAGGUCACAGAUGCCUACCAGCUCUACUAUGCGUGGAGGGGCGAUCGCCACCUUCAGUUUUGGCGCCUGCACCAGAAAUAUGGCAAAAUCGUUCGCUUUGGCCCCAACUCCCUCUCAUUCAGCACCAGCCAGUCCCUGCAGGACAUCUACGGCUUCAAGGCCAACGUCCGCAAGUCCGAGUUCUACGACUCGUUUGCCCACCCCGUUCACAACACCCACAACACUCGUGACAAGGCCGUCCACGCCCGCAAGCGCCGCGUGCUCUCCCACGCCUUCUCUGAGAGUGCCAUGAAGGAUAUGCAGCGAUUCAUUCUCAACAAUGUGCGCCUGUUCUGUGAGCAGCUUGGCAUCGAGGAUGGUGGAGCCGACUCCAAGGGCUGGACUCAGCCGCGAAAGAUGGACGACUGGUGCAACUACCUCGCCAUCGAUGUUCUUGGUGAUCUGUGCUAUGGUAAAUCAUUCCGCAUGUUGGAAAGCGAGGACAACCGCUUUGCCCUGGAUUUGGUCGAGGCCGCUACCACCAGACACCUUGUUUGCGGUACUAUGCCCAUCGUUAACAGCCUCAAACUCGACAAGUACAUGUUCCCUGCUCUGGCCGCUGGACGUGCCCGCUUUAUGGCCUACAGCAAGGCCCAACUGACGGAGAGAACCAAGCUUGGAGAGGAUGCGGACCGUCGCGACUUUUUCUGGUACCUCCUCAAGGCUCGCGAUCCCGAAACUGGCGAGGGUUUCACUACUCCUGAACUCUGGGCUGAAUCCAACUUGCUUAUCAUCGCCGGAUCUGAUACAACCUCUACUGCCAUGGCCGCUACCCUGUUCUACCUUACUCGCAACCCCGCGGCGAUGAAGAAGGUCACUGAGGAAAUCCGAGGCAAGUUCAACGACGUCGAGGAGAUCGUCCAGGGCCCUGCUCUUUCAUCCUGCACCUACCUCAAGGCUUGUAUCGACGAGGCCAUGCGUAUGUCCCCCUCUGUUGGCGGUAUUCCUCCUCGUGAGGUCAUGGCCGGCGGUGCUACCAUUGAUGGCGAGGUGCUCCCCGAAGGAACCGUCGUUGGAACUGCCCACUACAACAUCCACCACAACGAGGCCUACUAUCCCCAGUCAUUCACUUAUAUCCCUGAGCGCUGGGUUGCCGGCGACAUGAACCCCAUCACCGGAAAGCCAACCACUAAGGAGGAGGUCGAGAGGGCACACAGCGCUUUCGUCGCCUGGAGUCUUGGACCCCGUGGAUGUAUUGGCAAGGCCAUGGCUUAUGUUGAAAUGACCCUGUCUCUUGGCCGAGCCAUCUACCUGUACGAUAUGCGACGAGCAAUCGGUGUUAAGGAUAUCUCUGAAGGCAGCCCAGACCUCGAGUAUGGACGUCACCGUGUUGAUGAGUUCCAGCUGAGAGACAUUUUCACCAGUGGCAAGUGCGGACCUCUGGUUGAGUUCCGACGAGCCCAGAAGGCUUAAAUCUUGCCUUAUGGUUCAUGUAUAUUAGGUAUGAUGAUGUUGGAUGAAAGAUGAUGACCAACUUUUUGGAUAUGAUGUGUAUUGGCAAAGAAAACUGAAAUUACGGGGAGGAAGAAAUGCAAAAGAGCAUAUACAUAACAUAGUAUGGAGCUGGGAACGCUCAUGCAAGGAAGUAAAAACACAAAAGAGACAGAAAAAAAUCAAUAAAAUCUUUCUUAAAUCAAAUUAAUUUUUAUUGUGUGCAGAAUGAAUAAAAUACUAAAGU